CCUAUAUAUUGGGCUUCCCCUUUUCCUAUCUUCAGUCCUGAAGAAGGGGCCUGACCCAGAACGUUGCCCGCCUGCUUUUCUCCACGGAUGCUGCCUGGCCUGCUGGGUUCCUCCAGCGUCGUCGGGCUUUGCACCAACACUGCUACUGCUGUAUCUCCUUUUGUCCCCACAACUAAACCCUGAUUGGUCUUGAAAUGUGUUGACCUCAUUCUAACCCCUUAUGGCCUACACCAGGCACAUCAUCUCUGCCUCUUUUGCUUACCCAAGCCCACACUACAUCCCCCCCCACCCAGUCUGGGCCCCAGUCCCCAAUGAAGUUAGAUGAAGUAAAGUGUGCAGCAACAGUUCGAUAACACCCGUGUGUUGUGCCUCAGGCACUUCUGAAGUUUGCAGUGGCAGGACCAUAACUGAAACAUGGACUUGCCACACUUUGAUCCUUUAGGGUCUUUUAGGGCAGACAUCAAUUUCUAAGCAGAGAUGUUUGCAAACAAUCAUUCUAUUUCAUCGCCCCAGUAUACAGGACACCAUGUGAUGAGCAGAAAACACAAUAUAUUAGAUGCCUGUGGAUAUCGCUUAGUGAAAAGUGAAUUUAGGCCUCUUGGAUGUUCUCUCCUGACGUGCUAAGCCUUAUCUUCCUAGUCUAUUCUGAUGCCUACAGCAGGUGAAGAGCGCGGGGAAAUAUCCGGUCACCUGGAUGAGCCCUGAAAGUGUCAUAGACCACAGGACAGUGGACCAGGAGCUGGUCAUGGAAUUAGCUUAAAUAACCUUCUCUCUGACCUGUGUGAGCAGGAUGGGCUUGGCGUACCCCUUCUGUGCUGUACAUAUCUGUGUUUUUACAGCAGUGGGUCAAACCUAUUUGAAGAACAGCCCUGCUUGUUCAGUGAAUAUGCAUCCCCUCAAUAAAUUCAUGAUGACAAUAUGAAGUUGUGGCUGUCCUGGGGAUUUGCAGCAACUGCCAGCACCACUAAGACUAAGAUGCAUGUAGAUUUGUAUUUCUCUGCUGUGUGGAAUUUUGGAAUUGUAUGCAGUUUGUGGACCCACUGAUCUACUUCCUUGUGCCACUAAAGUGACUAGUUCGUUCAGUCAUUCGUCUGUCGUGCGGCAUUAGAAGCAGCUGAGCUUCAGUGAGUGAGCUAUGUACCAGCACUUCUCAGCUAUGUUGUUUGGAGCAAUUGACAACACUGAAAAUGAAAAUCGGGAACGUGAGAUAUGUGAAAAGGAAGAUGAUGAAUGGAUUCUGGUUGAUUAUAUAGAUGCUUGCACUAAUUGCUCUAAAGAAGAAUCAACAGGCAUAAGCAGGGAAACUUUUCCAAAUUCAACCAUUUUCUCCCCUUCAACCUCUUCUGUUGAGUUGCUUGGCAAUUGUAGUGACUCCUGCUUUCUUCAGCUUGACUCCUGCGCUUUGGAGGAGAGCUGGUUCAUCACCCCUCCCCCAUGUUUCACUGCAGGUGGCCAUGCCCCAGUUCAAGUGGAGACCAGCCCAAUGGAAAACCUUCUGAUUGAACACCCGAGCAUGUCUGUAUAUACGGUUCACAAUGUCCGAAGCAACUUGAGAGAGAGCAGCGGGUCUGUUGAGUAUGAAAGUGAAGUAAUCAGAACUAAUGCCCCUAAUAGGGUAGGCCACCAUAUUCACUGCUAUGCAUCUACUCUGGCCGCUCAUACCGAUCUUGUGGAACAAGCCAAUCAGCUUCGACAUGUUCAACGUGGAAAAGAGCAUGGUGCAAAGCACCUCGUAAACCGCAACUACAUUCGCCGCCAAAACCUUACUAGGGAGUGCAUCUCUCGACAAACUAAGCACAAUGGACAUGUUCUACAGCAACCUUGCCAGCGCCAGUAUAAUUAUUAAUUGUCAUUGGUAUUUUAUGUUUUUUUAAGCAAUGUUCUUGUAAAUCUAGCGCGUAUUGGUAACCUUUUUCAGUGCUCCGUAUUUAACAAACUUAGGAAUCAUUAAUCACAUUGAAUAAGUGUUUUAGGGUUUCUAAUCUAUCUUCUGGGUGCUUUAUAGUCUUAAACUCUUUAUCACCAAAUGCCUUUUCCUUAUUGAUAGGAUUUUUACUCUGAAAUCUGGAAAGCUCCUUGCAAUCUUUUUUAAUAAAUAGGGUUUGCUUGUCCAAGUUUAUCAUUUUCAUAUGAAUAUCCAUUUUAUCUGUACAUGUGUAUUCUUGUUCAUGGGGACACAUGAGCAGCUGUAUUACAAAAAAAAAGUCAACACAAUCAUUAACAAAUGUUGCCUGGCAGAUGAGAAACCUCUUAUGGCUAUAAUUUGCUCAUGAAGAGUAAUUCAAUUUAUUUUGCAAUACAGAUUCUCAGGGACAAUGCAGUGUAUAAUUUUUCUAAAUAUCUGUAAUGUGACAACAUGGAAACCCUAUGUAAGUGUAUAUUUCAGUUCUAAAAAUAGACCUUUUUGGUUUGGAGGUGGUUGCAAAGCAUUAUGAUUGCUGCAGGCUAUUUGUACGUAUUCAAAGUUUGGAGCUACAUACUUGCCUUCUCUCGAGAUAGCAAUUUAAACAUGUCCAAAAAUGUUCCAUUUCUAGGUUAUGCAUUUCCUUUCUAAACGUGUUAUAUUUUUGAGGUGUUUUGAUGUUGGAUGAUACCUCGAUGCUGUGCAUUUUACACGAAGGAUUAUUUUGUUUACUUUUUCUGUUUGCUACGUUGUCUUAGCUGUGAUGUUUAUUGCAAAAUAGUGACAUAUUUUCAAUAUGUCAAGGUAUACUCUAGAUAUAAAAUGGUUCUAUUUAACUCUAUUUUUAUCCCAUUUUCUUAAGAUGCUCCUGUGAAAUUUAAUCUUGAGUGGAGAAGCACAGUUAUUCUGAUGAUUAUUGCAGCAACAUUUCCCCAAUUCACUAUUUUCUGAAGUUAGUUUUAACUGCUGCAGAUCAUGAAAAUUAAGAAAACUGAAUAUACUUCAACGUAUUCCAUACUUCGUAUUGCUUUUAUCCAACAAGGUUUUAUUUUGUAGAAACAUCUUAAGAAAUAGAUUGGAAAAUAGGAACAGUUACAUGAACUUCAAGAUUUUGCAUCCAGUAUGUACAGUCUGGUUUGUCACAGUGAAUAUUGUGGAAUUUUCAAUGCUGAAGUAAGUUGUCCAACUCUGCCUCAGGAUUUCUUUUUUUAAAUUUACAAAUACUUUGUCAUAUAUCACUGUUUUUCCAACAAAGGAAAAUUUCAAGACAAUGAUGUCUGGCAAAUCUCUAAAAGACCUAAUUAAUGCCUCCUUGGUUAUCUAGGAAACUGCGAAUUGAUAACCAAGUCCAUUGCUGAAAAUGUUUUGUAAAACUACAUAAAAUUAACACUGGUGAAGCAAAUCUAAUUAUAUAUUUUUCUUUGCAUGGUUAUAUUGUUAGAUAUUUAUCACUGACAACAUUGUGGUAAAAUCUAAUUGAAUUGUAGUUCUUGGUGCACAGAUCGCACGAGUUUUACGUUGUGUGGAGGACUGAUAGUGGCUGAGUGUGAUUGGAUAUUGACGUGUAUCCUAACCAAAUGGUUGUUGAUUUUUUGAUGUUGUCCAGAUUGAUUCCAUUUGACUGACUUAAUGUGUUUAUGUAAAAGCUUCUUUGUAUUUUGUUGGAUUAGAAGUUGAUUAUGUUGGUGAUGAUUAAAACAAUGGUUGAAAAAACUUUAAAGUUUGGAACAAAGCUUGUACAUGUUACAGUAGGAGAAAUGUAUGUUACAGAAUAUUAAGCUGUAGCUUAGAUUGCUGAAUACUUCAUACAGGGAUUCGUGUUUGGUUUUGUUAAUUAUGUGCCUUCCAGUUUAGAUUCAGUAUGUGAAAUCAUCAUUUAACGUAACAUAUGAAGAAUCUGAAGAUAUGAAAGAGCCAGGUGAUGUAAAUAUAACAAACCAACCCAACUAUGCACAGGACUGUAUGUGGAGUUACUUUGUACAGUUUUAUAUUCAAUGACAGAGAGAAGCUUGGGAGUUUUAAGGUCACUCAAUUGACUGGUAUCAUAAUCCAAUUUACAGAAUAAAUACAGCACUUUGCCAAAUAAUUGUCAAUCUUAUAGACUUGUAGAGUUAGUGAUUUAAUUUUAUUUACUAAUUUAGGAUCAACCUAUUUAUUAGUAAAUACAAAAGGUUAAGUAGUGCAGUUUGCACUAUGUAAAAUUGUGUUCUUUCAAAAAAUGUUUUAAUACUAGUUAUCUGUACUUUCAUGUAUUCAGAAUGGUUUUUGUUUUAAGUUCAAAUAUUUGCUUAUUAAGUUCUUGUACUAACUGUGGAAA